AUGGUAGUGUCAAAGGUGGCUGAUAAUAAGGGGGAGAGGGAUCACCUUUUCCUUUUCAUCAACGGGCUCUCGCAUGGAAUGUGCGUUGACAGGUGCUGUGUUCGCUACCAGAAGCCCCUGCUGGAGUCGGGCACUCAGGGCACCAAGGGGCACACACAGGUCAAAGUGCCCUUCUCGACUGAGUCUUACGGACAGGACCAGGGAGGAACACAGAAUGCCUUCUCCAUAUGCACACUGAAGAACUUCCCACACCCUGCAGGGCCAGGCAGGAAAUGGGACCCAGCUGCUUGGGCCAGAGACGAGUUUGAAGGGUUUUUCAAACAGACGGCUGAACAUGUGAACCAGUACCAGCAGGACCCCCAGUUUGUGGAGUCGACGUUGAAGCUGAGGGGGGCAGAGUCCCUGGAUAUCCUGCAGGGAGUGUACAACAGCCUCGGAGCACCACGGCCGUGA